AGGGGGACGACAUCACGGGAGCACAGGCGUUUGCUGAGGGAGGCACCAUUCUUCGCCUGCCCAUGUUCUACCUCCAAGCCCUCCCUUCCCUACCCUCCCGUGCCCUUCCCUACCCUCCCGUGCCCUUCCCUACCCUCCCGUGCCCUUCCCUACCCUCCCGUGCCCUUCCCUACCCUCCCGUGCCCUUCCCUACCCUCCCGUGCCCUUCCCUACCCUCCCGUGCCCUUCCCUACCCUCCCGUGCCCUUCCCUACCCUCCCGUGCCCUUCCCUACCCUCCCGUGCCCUUCCCUACCCUCCCGUGCCCUUCCCUACCCUCCCGUGCCCUUCCCUACCCUCCCGUGCCCUUCCCUACCCUCCCGUGCCCUUCCCUACCCUCCCGUGCCCUUCCCUACCCUCCCGUGCCCUUCCCUACCCUCCCGUGCCCUUCCCUACCCUCCCGUGCCCUUCCCUACCCUCCCGUGCCCUUCCCUACCCUCCCGUACCCUUCCCUACCCUCCCAUGCCUAACCUUACCCUCCCUCCUCUCCACUUUCUCCACCUGCGUGCCCGUUCCUGCGUGCCCGUACCUGAGUGGAGCCGCAUGCAACCGCCAUGCACACCCGCGUCUCUUGCAUGCUCUCCUUCCCAAAUGCUUCGCCCGCCUCCACCACCCACCAGGCAUCGUGCUCUUCCCCGAGCAGACGCUGCCGCUGCGCGUGCAGCAGGCGCGAUUCAGAGCCGCCGUGACCCGCGCCAUGGGGGCCACUGGGCAGGCCGCCCACCUGCUGGGCGUGGUGCACGUGCACAUGGAUCCGCAUGGGUUUGACAUCCGAGUGGCAUCGGUGGGCACAACAGCAGAGAUCCGGCGGGUGAGGCAGCAGGAGGACGGCAGCAUGAGUGUGGUCACGAGGGGCCGCCAGCGCUUCCUCGUGCGCCGCGCCUGGAUGGACCCCGACGGCUCCGUGCGCCCCCCCAACCCUGCCUCUGCUGCCCUGCCCCUCCUCUCUCCGGCCGCAGAGGUGCAGAUUCUCGAGGACGCCACCCCGCUGCGCCUGCCACCUGGCGCCUUCUCCCGCUGCCGUGGCAUGCGGGCGGCAUCCUCCAGCUGCAUGCAAGAGGCGGUGGGCGGCAGGGGGAGAGAGGGGGCGAGGGGUGCAGAGCAGGGCGGUGAGGGCGGUGAGGGCGGUGAGCAGGGCAGGGCCGUGGGGAUGGCGGACAGGGGCGCGCCGCAUGGGCACCGCACAGGGGCUGCUGCAGGGGAUGAUGGGCGUGGGGGGAGAGGAGCGCGGAUCAGGGGAGGACGUGGAGGGAUUGGAAGGAGAGGGAGUGAGGAGGACAGAGUGAGGCGACGGGAGGAGAGGAGGAGGGAGCUGGUGAGGAGGCUUAUAGAGCAAGGUGACCAUAUGGAGGGCGAGGAGGGAGGGAGGAUGGAUGAGGAGGAGGAGGAGGAAGAAGGAGAGGAGGAGGAAGAAGAAGGAGAGGAGAAGGAAGAGGAGGAAGACGAGGGUCAAGAGGAAGAAGACGAGGAGGACGAGGAGGAUGAGGAGGAUGAGGAGGAGUCGCAAGGAAACGAUGGGGAAAGGGAGGGGCAGGUUAGGGAGGUGCGCAGGGGAGGGAGGCGGUGGUGGCAGCGAUGGGUGGCGCCCCUGAGGCAGAGAGAGGGACGACGAGCGAGGGCGCGGGCGAGAGGGGGGCAGGAGCGCAGUGGAGAGGAGGCGAGUAGGGGAGGAGGAAGGGGGGCUGCUCGGGCUGACAGCGACGGCAGCGAGGCCCGGGGUGGUGGGGGCGAUGGAGAUGAGCGGAGAGAGGAGGGCGCGGACGCGCAGGGCGCGGAAGGAGUGCAAGGAGACGUGCGAGUGAGCAGACUCGUGGGGCUGUUUGGCGUGCAGGAGGGUGAAGCGAGGGCGGAUAGCAGAGGGAAUGAGGGAGAGGAGGAGGGGAGAGGGGGAGAUGGGAGGGGAGAGGAGGAGGGGAGAGGGGGAGAUGGGAGGGGAGAUCACGGUAGCGCGAGCAGCAGGAGGAAGAGGUCAAGGUGGGAGGCGUGGGGAGGGGCAGCGGAGCGGUGGGCAAUGGAGGAGGUGCGGUGGAGGAGGAGGGCGGCGCGGGCGGCGUGGCCCCACUGGGUGUACCGCAUGUUCGAUGCCUUCAACCUGGCCAGGCGCGUGGCAGACAUGUGUGGGCAGCUGCUACCAGCGCAGGCGCAGCAGCUGCAGGGCCUCACGCGGACGCCGGAGGCGCUGUCGUUCGUGGUGGCGGCCAACAUGCCCAUCAGCGACCGCCACCGCCACAACCUGCUGCAGGUGGGGUCGACGGUGUACCGGCUGCAGAAGCAGAUUCACCUGCUCGAGUGCAUCGACCACCUCCUCUGCUCCACCUGCCGGUGUCGGGUGGCGCGGCGCAGCGACAUGGUGUGCAUGAGCACGGAGGGCGCCAUUAGUGCCUUUGUGAACGCGCAUGGCUUCGUGCACGAGACGCUCACUCUCUCGCGCGCCAGAGGGCUCGUACUGGAGGGCAGCGCGGAGACCGAGAACAGCUGGUUCCCGGG